UCUCCCUCUCCAGAGCCUAUCUAUAAUAAUGAGGGCAAACGUCUCAAUACAAGAGAGUUUAGAACCCGAAAGAAAUUAGAGGACAAAAGACAUGAAUCCAUUCAAACUAUGUUUGCACUCAAUCCGGGAUACAAACCGCCCGCAGAUUACAAGCCUCCGCAGCUGAAGAUCAGCGAAAAGGUUCUCAUCCCUCAAGAGGAGUAUCCGGACAUCAAUUUCGUCGGUCUACUCAUCGGUCCGCGAGGAAACACUUUGAAGGCCAUGGAAAAAGAUACCGGCGCUAAGAUUAUAAUCAGAGGCAAGGGAUCCGUCAAAGAGGGAAAGAUUGGCCGUAAAGAUGGUCAACCGAUGCCCGGAGAGGACGAGCCGUUGCACGCAUUCAUAACUGGUUUGACUCACGACUCGGUGGUUAAAGCCGUACAGAAAAUCAAGGAAGUGAUCCGUCAGGGCGUCGAAGUGCCUGAGAAUCAGAACGAUUUGCGAAGAAUGCAAUUACGAGAGUUGGCUCUAUUGAACGGCACUCUCCGCGAGAGCGAUGGUCCGCGUUGUGCGAACUGCGGCCUCACGUCCCACCGGUCGUGGCAGUGCCCGGACAAGCCUAACGUGACGAACAACGUUGUGUGCACUAACUGUAAUGGCGUCGGACAUAUCGCCAGGGAUUGCAAGGAGAAGAAGACGCCCACCGGA